ACUUGAAAUAUCAAGGGCGAUGUCUGGUGCGCCGCGUCGCCUGCAGCGGCUGACCGGCGACCGCCGCGGCUUGGCUGCCUCCCGUCUACGUCUCCACUUCAAUUUGCGCUCAGCCGCACUCCCAACAGAAUUCAAUUACGAGUACAUGAAUAAACAUUCCUUUUUCCUUUACACGCCAACUUCGUUCGGAUACGUAUCGAGUACUCCUGUGAAUAACCAGAUUGGCAGAUUCCAUUGCUCACCAGGUGUAUAUUGUAAAGGUCGUUUAUACCUCUAUAAAAGCAUCGAUCCAAUACAUCAGGAAAACAAUAACCCUGGUGUUUCACACUGAAGUAGACAUAUGGGAAAUGGACAAAAAAUAUAUUUGAGUGGAACCAUCGGAAUUCUAAAGCAAUCCAUAACGGGAAGCAAAAGCAAAUCCCGACGAACGAUGCGCUAUAAAUCCACAGCCGAUGACAGAUCUCGUGCGCGCGUAGCAAGCCCACACUGCCUUUAACACUUUAUAUGAAAAUGUUAAAUUGGACUUGAUUUACAACAACGCCGUUAGUCAUGUCCUCGUAUUUGCAUAACGUAUGUACUAUGUACUGCAGCAUUUCCUAUAUUUUGCACGGUUCUUUAUUUAUAAUAACUGGAAACGCUGCAUAACCACGCACCGCGAUAUAUUUUAGAGCUAAUUAACAAAAUGAACAGCGGUUUUUGGGCUUUCAUG